GAGAUUGAUGAAAUUUUGACCUUAGUUCUAAAUGAUUAUUAUUCUCACUGACUUUAAGUAUCAGCUGCGAUCAUACCCUUUCCUGUGGAACUGAAGUGUAUUAUAAAAGUUUUUUCUUUUUGUAAAGAAUGUCUCGUGCCGUGUUUGCUAGACUGAAAGUUUCCUCAUCACAUGGUGAGACCCUCCUCUAAUUCAAUCUUUGUCUUUUGUCUUUGCUGCCUUGCAGGGUUGGUACAGUAGGCUUCACUAGACUUAGCUGCAACUCAGAAUUUCUCCUCCAGCACCUGAGUAAAUGCUGAUGGUCUUGUGGAGAGUGGAUUAAGAGUACGAGCUAAGUUCUCAAUUCCAAUUAAGAAGCGGAAAAUUUAAACUGUCUCCUUCAAAGUUUAUCACAACCACCACCAUCAAGACAGCAAACCAAAGGACAAAGACUUUGACCUGCUGUGUUGCUCUGUGUAGUCCAGUUCACGUACGGUUUACAGACUUGGCUGGGGUUACUAAAAAUAAUAAAAAGUUGGACACUUCUGUCACUGGACGCUUUUAUUCACAAGUUACCAGAAUGAGGGCUGUACUGGAGACAGCAGACAUUGCCAUAGUGGCCCUGUAUUUUGUCCUGGUCAUGUGCAUUGGUUUUUUUGCCAUGUGGAAAUCUAAUAGAAGCACCGUGAGCGGAUACUUCCUGGCGGGGCGCUCUAUGACCUGGGUAGCAAUUGGUGCCUCUCUGUUUGUGAGCAAUAUUGGGAGUGAGCACUUCAUUGGGCUGGCAGGAUCUGGAGCUGCAAGUGGAUUUGCAGUGGGCGCAUGGGAAUUCAAUGCCUUACUGCUUUUGCAACUUCUGGGAUGGGUUUUUAUCCCGAUUUACAUCCGGUCAGGGGUAUAUACCAUGCCUGAAUACUUGUCCAAGCGAUUUGGUGGCCAUAGGAUUCAGGUCUAUUUUGCCGCCUUGUCUCUGAUUCUCUAUAUUUUCACCAAGCUCUCAGUGGAUCUGUAUUCGGGUGCCCUCUUUAUCCAGGAGUCUUUGGGUUGGAAUCUUUAUGUGUCUGUUAUCCUGCUCAUUGGCAUGACUGCUUUGCUGACUGUCACCGGAGGCCUUGUUGCAGUGAUCUACACAGACACUCUACAGGCUCUGCUCAUGAUCGUUGGGGCACUUACACUUAUGAUUAUUAGCAUUACGGAGAUCGGUGGGUUUGAGGAAGUUAAGAGAAGGUACAUGUUGGCUUCACCCAAUGUCACUUCCAUCUUGCUGACAUACAACCUUUCCAACACAAAUUCUUGUAACGUCCAUCCUAAGAAAGACGCCCUGAAAAUGCUGCGGAAUCCAACAGAUGAAGAUGUUCCUUGGCCUGGAUUCAUUCUUGGGCAGACCCCAGCCUCAGUGUGGUACUGGUGUGCUGACCAAGUCAUCGUGCAGAGGGUUCUAGCUGCCAAAAACAUUGCUCAUGCCAAAGGCUCUACUCUUAUGGCUGGCUUCUUGAAGCUUCUGCCAAUGUUUAUCAUAGUUGUCCCAGGAAUGAUUUCCAGGAUACUGUUUGCUGAUGACAUAGCUUGCAUCAACCCAGAGCACUGCAUGCAAGUGUGUGGAAGCAGAGCUGGGUGCUCCAAUAUUGCUUACCCACGCCUGGUGAUGAAGUUGGUUCCUGUGGGCCUUCGGGGCUUAAUGAUGGCAGUGAUGAUUGCAGCUCUGAUGAGUGACUUGGACUCUAUCUUUAACAGUGCCAGUACCAUAUUCACCCUCGAUGUGUACAAACUCAUCCGCAAGAGUGCAAGCUCCCGGGAACUAAUGAUUGUGGGGAGGAUAUUUGUGGCUUUUAUGGUGGUGAUCAGCAUAGCAUGGGUGCCAAUCAUCGUGGAGAUGCAAGGAGGCCAGAUGUACCUUUACAUUCAGGAGGUAGCUGAUUACCUGACACCCCCAGUGGCGGCCCUGUUUCUUCUGGCAAUUUUCUGGAAACGCUGCAAUGAACAAGGGGCUUUCUAUGGUGGAAUGGCUGGCUUUGCUCUUGGAGCAGUUCGUUUGAUACUGGCCUUUGCCUACCGUGCCCCAGAGUGUGAUCAACCUGACAACAGGCCAGGCUUCAUCAAAGACAUCCAUUAUAUGUAUGUGGCCACAGCGUUGUUUUGGGUCACAGGACUUAUUACUGUCAUUGUGAGCCUUCUUACACCACCUCCCACAAAGGAACAGAUUCGUACCACCACCUUUUGGUCUAAGAAGAGCCUAGUGGUGAAAGAGAGCUGCUCUCCAAAAGAUGAACCAUACAAAAUGCAAGAGAAAAGCAUUCUGAGAUGCAAUGAGAAUAGUGAGGCCAUCAACCACAGCAUUCCCAAUGGGAAAUCUGAAGAUAGCAUUAAGGGUCUACAGCCUGAAGAUGUUAAUCUGUUGGUGACUUGCAGAGAGGAGGGCAACCCAGUGGCUUCCCUAGGUCAUUCGGAGGCAGAAACACCAGUAGACGCUUAUUCCAAUGGGCAAGCAGCUCUCAUGGGUGAGAAAGAGAGAAAGAAAGAAACAGAGGAUGGAAGUCGGUACUGGAAGUUCAUAGACUGGUUUUGUGGCUUUAAAAGUAAGAACCUCAGCAAGAGGAGUCUCAGAGACCUGAUGGAGGAGGAGGCUGUUUGUUUACAGAUGUUGGAAGAGACCCCACGAGUUAAACUAAUACUAAAUAUUGGACUUUUUGCUGUGUGUUCACUUGGAAUUUUCAUGUUUGUUUAUUUCUCCUUAUGAACUUAAGGAUAUGGUAUUUCUUGGUGGAUUUUUAUGCACCAACAACAACUGUUGAAAGUAUGAUGGA